ACGGAGCGGAGGCAGGGAAGCGGCAGGGAGCUGCCAGCAUCGUCUCGUACAGUCGCAGGACAGAAAGGUGUGAAAACACGGGUCUCCCAGACCACCUAGAAGCCAAACACGGAGCCGCCAUUGUUUUAUCAUGCUGUCACACUCUGAAAACCUGCGGGUCAGCGGGGACAUGGAGACACCGGGGAGGACAGCAGCACCGGACAGCCUGGACUUCACCGUGGACAACGUGGAGAAGGCCCUCCACCAGUUGUACUAUGAUCCCAAUAUAGAAAACAAGAACCUGGCCCAGAAAUGGCUCAUGCAGGCUCAGGUCUCGCCUCAAGCCUGGCAGUUCUGCUGGUCCCUACUGAGCCCAGAUAAGGUGCCAGAGAUCCAGUACUUUGGCGCCAGCGCUCUUCACACCAAGAUCUCCCGCUACUGGUCCGACAUCCCCACGGACCAGUACGAGUCUCUGAAGACCCAGCUGUUCUCCCAGAUCGCCUGCUUCUCCUCCGGCUCCAAGAUGGUGCUCACCCGGCUGUGCGUGGCCCUGGCCUCUCUGGCACUCAACACCAUGCCCGAGGCCUGGCCCGGCGCUGUGGCCGAGAUGGUGCGGGUGUUCCAGGAGGAGGGGGGAGGGGUGGACGGGCGGGCACGCUGCCUGGCAUUGCUGGAGCUGCUCACCGUGCUGCCCGAGGAGUUCCAGACCAGCCGCCUGCCGCAGUACAGAAAAGGACAGGUUCGGGGCGCCCUGGGUCGGGAGUGGGGGUCGGUGUGUCCCUUACUGCAGCAACUGCUUCGGCGGUCGGACAGCCCCGGGGCGGUGAAAGCUCGCGUGCUGCGCUGCCUGUCGUCCUGGGUGCUGCUGGACGUGCCCCUCAACGAGAGCGAAGACCUGGUGCACGACUGCUUCAGCGCCCUGCCCGACCCCGAGCUCUUCGACACGGCGGUGGAGGCAAUAGUCAACGCCAUCUCGCAGCCCGACUCCCAAAGAUACGUGAAUACUUUGCUGAAGCUGGUUCCUCAAGUGCUGGCCCUCCAGGAGCAGCUCAGAGAGGCUGUUCAGAAUGGAGACAUGGAGACCUGCCAUGGUAUCUGCCGUAUCGCCGUUACACUGGGAGAAAAUCACUCCAGGACUCUGUUGGAGCAGGUGGAUCACUGGCAGAGCUUCCUGGCUUUAGUCAACAUGAUCAUGUUUUGUACAGGCAUCCCCGGACACUACCCGGUCAAUGAGACCACCAGCUCGCUCACACUCACCUUCUGGUAUACGCUACAAGAUGAGAUAAUGUCGUUCGAGUCGGAGAAGCAGGCGGUGUAUCUUCAGGUCUACAGGCCCGUAUAUUUCCAGCUGGUGGAUGUUCUGCUUCACAAAGCCCAGUUCCCCACCGACCAGGAGUACGCAUCCUGGUCCUCCGACGAGAAAGAGCAGUUCAGAAUCUACAGGGUGGAUAUCUCAGACACACUCAUGUACGUGUAUGAGAUGCUGGGGGCGGAGCUGCUGAGUAACCUCUACGAUAAACUAGGGAGACUGUUGACUAACGCUGAGCAGCCCACAUCAUGGCAGCACACAGAAGCCUUACUGUAUGGCUUCCAGUCCAUAGCAGAGACGAUAGAUGUGAACUACUCUGACGUCAUCCCAGGCCUGAUAGGACUCAUCCCCAGAAUCAACAUCAACAACGUCCAACUAGCAGACACGGUGAUGUUCACAAUAGGCGCUUUGGCUGAAUGGUUGGCAGACCACCCAGUGAUGCUCAGCAGUGUCCUGCCCUUGGUGCUGCAGGCUUUGGGGAACCCGGAUCUUUCUGUUUCUUCUGUCUCCACACUCAAGAAAAUCUGUAGGGAAUGCAAAUAUGACCUGCCACCCUACGCAACCAACAUAGUAGCUGUCUCUCAGGAGGUGCUUAUAAAGCAGAUCCACAAGACGAGUCAGUGUAUGUGGCUGAUGCAGGCUCUCGGCUUCCUGCUCUCCGCUCUCCCCGUGGAAGAAAUCCUACGAAACCUCCACUCUCUCAUCACCCCUUACAUUCAGCAACUGGAGAAGCUAGCGGAUGAGACGCCUAAUCCCUCCAAUAAAUUAGCAAUCAUCCACAUCUUGGGUCUGCUGUCCAACCUCUUCACCACGCUCGACAUCAGCAAGCAGGACGACGAGUCAGCAGACGGCUCGGCGCCACCUGUCAAAACAGCCCCGCCUCCACCUGGACCAAACCCAGUGGUGGUGGUUUUGCAACAAGUGUUUGCUCUCAUACAGACCGUCCUCAGCAAGUGGCUCAAUGACUCGCAGGUUGUGGAGGCGGUGUGCGCCAUCUUCGAGAAGUCGGUGAAGACUCUGCUCCACGACUUUGCUCCCAUGGUGUCUCAGCUCAGUGAGAUGCUCGGACAGAUGUACAGUACUAUUCCCCAGGCCUCAGCCCUCGACCUCACGAGACAGAUGGUGCAUAUCUUUGCCAGUGAGACGGACCACUUCCCACCCAUCAAGGCUCUGUUUGAGCUGGUUACCUCAGUAACGCUGUCCAUCUUCCAGCAAGGACCCAGGGAUCAUCCUGAUAUUGUUGAUUCAUUUAUGCAACUCCAAGCUCAGGCCCUCAAACGGAAGCCCGAUUUGUUCUUGUCUGAGAGUCUUGACGUGAAAGCAGUGUUCCACUGUGGAGUUCUGUCGCUGAAAUUUCCAGAGGCUCCGACAGUCAAGUCAACGUGCUUGUUCUUUACUGAACUGUUACCCCACUGCUCCGAUGUGCCUCCUCUGGCCCGGGUGGUGCAGGAGGACGGCAAACUGUUGAUGCAAGCCGUGCUGGAGGGCAUCGGGGGCGGGGCAUCUCGGAGCCUGAUGGACCAGUUUGCAGAAGUGCUUUUCUCUCUGAACAAGAACUGCUUCUCUCUGCUCGCCAUGUGGUUGAAGGAGGCUCUGCAGCCUCAGGGGUUCCCGUCAUCGCGGGUCACGACUGAACAGAAAGACAACUUCUCAAGUCAGAUACUCAGAGAGCGAGUGAACAAGAGGAGGGUGAAGGACAUAGUGAAGGAGUUCACACUGCUGUGCAGAGGGCUCCACGGUACGGAGUACGCCGCUGAAUACUGAAACUCUACCCUUGAACUCUCGCCCGACCGUGACCUCCGCCCUCGGCGCCACACAGCUGGAUGCCACGACAACACAGCUCUCACAAACCACAUCAGCGAAGACAUCAUGAAAUGAUUGUAAUGAUAAACCCGCCCACCCCUCCGCCGCAGGACAAGACAUGGAACCAAUCCAGACCUACCAAUCGGAUUAAAGGACAAACAUUUAAAUCCCCGGUGGCUUUAUGGAGGCAGUCCUUUUAGCUCUGAUCUCCUUUUUCUGUUAUACGAUUGAUUGUUUCUCCCUCCUCUCUCUCCUGUUAUUUCUCUGGGAGAGCUUCGAGCAGCUCUCCCAGCAUGCUGCCUCUCGCCUCCUUUCGAUCUCUGUCUUGUUCUGCCUUUUUUCUAGAUCUUCCUGUGGUUCCCUAGGUUGUUCCCUGGUGAUUAGCGUCCAUAUGAAAUGGUAGUGGUAUCGUACGUAGCUACUUGACAUUAUUUUCUCAAAAUAAAUCAAAUGAAUUAUAUAAAUGUAUACGUAUAUACACAUAUAGAGAGACGGUGGUCGUCAGUCCUGCUGCUGCUAACGGGAAGAGAGAAGGACCAAUGUCUGGAGGGAAUUCUGCAGGAGACAUUAACACAACUACAUUUUACUCCCAGCCACGCCCCAUGUGAUCUCUACAUUUGCCAAAUUAUCAUGUUUUGUGAAUUCGUCCACUUUUUUUUGAUAUAUAUUUAUGCCUUUUUUGGGGGCUAUGAGUGGAAAAAGAGCCAAAAAACCCACACAACUGGAGUAAAAACAGUUUUCUCUCUCGACCUGUACCUCAUGUACAUACAGUCCCAGCCGGUCAUACUGCAGUCUCCUCGGAUUGUAGAGUGUCUCUUAUGCAUUGGUCCCUUAGGUAAAGCAGGACUGCCUGUAGAGAAGGCUAGAAGUGGGGUGGUGGGGGGGGAAGUAUAGUAGCUGGUAGUGAGAAAGAGGCACAAGAUGGAAACUGAGAAGGGAACCGAGUGUUCGGAGGGAUGAAUAAUCCUGUCGAAGGACGGCUUAGUCACUGUAAUCGUGCAAAAAUAUUAAUCAAGUUGUGCAUAUUAACAGUUAUUGCUGAACACUUCUGUGUAUUUGAGUGUGUGCGUGUGUUCAUACCUGUGUGUAUGUAUGAGAGGUUGUGUGUGUGUGUGUGUGCACAGAUGUAAAUCUUUUUUUUUUUUUUUUUUUUUUUUUCACUUGUUCAGUGCACUUAUAUUGGACCUACAGUACACAUCGAUAACUUCCUCCUGUCUUUUAAAACAAAGAGCGCUCACCCAUUUUUCCUCACACCACACUCCUUCAGACUCCUCCUUUCUGGCACAUCCAGUAGUUCACCGGCGAUCGCACCCAUCUGUUUAAAACCUCCUUAUCACAUGGAAUGACCGGCCAGUGAUAACCAUUGAUCACACUCAUCUAUAUCUAUCUAUAUAGAUAUCUAUAUAUAUAUAUAUCUAUAUAUAUAUCUGUUAUUGACACUUCCGCUCUUAAACGAAAAAUGCCACUCAAAUCAUAUCAUCCAUCCGGGUCACUGCUUUGGAGAGGACCAAGAAGGAUUAGAGAGUUUAGGACCAAACUUCUCUGAGUUAUUCAGCAUUUUUUUGCAACAAGAGUUAACACCGACAUUCUGUGCUCAUCCAUUUAUUGCCUGAGACAUCAUCGUCGGUGAAGUGAUGUGACGGCUUUAAAAUAUACACUGUCCGGUGAAUCGGCAGGACCAGUCGACGUCUAAUAUCACUCAGCGUUGAAAUGUACUCCGUGGUCUCUGAUAAACUUUAUCUCAGUCUAAUCCUUCUGUCUUAUCCGAGGUGCCUGCAGACAUGUAGCAUGUAUGUGUUUUGGGGGGGAGGGAGGGAGGUAGGCUCAGGGGGGAUAAACGUAUUCAGUGUGUGAGACACUGCAGAAGGACCUGAUACAGACUCAGAGGAAAGAGUCGGCUCUGGAGUGAGUCGUCAGAACCUCUGAGUCUUCAUUUGAACGGCGUACGAUUGGACGUUCCUCGGUCUGUACUGUCGUCAUAUUCUGAGGCGGGAAAUAAAUAAAUAAACAGUUUGUCACAGUUUAAAUAAAGAGAGAGUAGUAGGUGGCGGAGGGGAGGGGUGUGUGAAAUGUACAUUGUUUUUUUUUUGUACCUUGGCUUUAAUUUAUUAAAUAUAUCUAAG